AUGAUGGAGAUUGUAGCGGAGCCUACGCCUCCUACCGAGGGAAACACAGGGGUAACCAACACCAAGGACACUGACGACCAGCCCGAAACUCGAUAUAUGCAAGGAUGGGCUCUCGCUUCUUUGACCUUGGCCUUUAUGUCCAUCUGCCUCGUGCUAGCGAUUGAUAACACCAUUCUCUCUACGGCGAUACCCCACAUCACCAGCGACUUCCACAGUCUCAACGAUAUCGGGUGGUAUGGCUCUUCCUACCUGAUCGCGCAGAUGGCACUGUUGCCAACCUGUGGUCGCCUGUAUGCGUUCUAUAACAUCAAGUGGAUGUACUGCAUCUCGCUUGCCAUCUUCGAAAUCGGCUCCAUCAUCGCGGCCGUCGCCCCAAAUUCUGUGGCACUCGUCAUAGGGCGAGCAGUCUCUGGUCUCGGUGCUGCGGGCUUGGUGAGCGGAACAACAACUAUUUUAUCGUAUUGCGUGUCCCUAAAAAAGCAAGCAAUGCUGUCGCCUAUUGUGUUGGGCAUGUACAACAUUGGAUCGGCGGUCGGACCACUCGUGGGUGGUUUGAUAACUGAUAACAAGAAGCUGACCUGGCGAUUUAUUUUCUGGAUCAAUCUCCCUUUCGGAGCUGUUGGGCUGGUAUUGGUCUGGUUCACCUUGAGGAAACCUCCACCUGCAGUAAAGGGGGACCUACCCUGGAAGCAGAAGCUACGUCAACUUGACCUUUUGGGGGCUACUCUGCUGCUCGGUGCGACAUCGUGUUUGAAUUUGGCAUUGCAGUGGGGUGGCAUCAGCUAUCCAUGGUCUGAUUACAAGGUGUUCGGGUGCCUGAUCGGAUUCGGUCUACUCCUGAUUGCCUUCUUCUCGAAUAUCCCUCUCCACAUCUUCCGAAGUCGUACCUUUUCGGCAUCAUGCGGCUUCAUGAUGCUCGUUCAGGUGGCCGUAGUAGUGCAAUCGUACUUCUGGCCCAUAUAUUUCCAGUCAGUCAAGGGCACCAAUGCCAGAGACUCGGGGAUCAAUCUUCUUCCCUUGAUUGUGUCGAACAGCCUUGGUACCCUCUGCGCUGGCUCUAUAGCAUCGAGAUUCGGACACUAUGUACCGUUCAUGUGGGUUGGACCUCUCAUUUUGGCUGCCGGAGGGGGUCUCUAUCAACUUGUGCGCCCGGACAGUCCGCGCGGACAGUGGAUUGGUUUCCAAAUUCUGUCUGGGCUUGGCUACGGCAGCUGUAGCCAAAUGCCAAUUCUGGCGGUGCAGGUUGUGCUCAACAAGUCAGAUAUACCGACAGGUCUCGUCAUGAUCAUGUUUUUCCAGAUGCUCGGGGGCUCGCUGGCUCCUAGUGUCGGGCAGAACCUCUUCACGGAUGGCCUUCUGCAGAACCUCAGCAAGGUGCGGGGAAUAGAUAGUGCAGCCGUGGUGGCGGCCGGUGCGAGCGGUUUCAGAAAGAUCGUUCCUCCCGAGCUGAUGAACGCCGUCGUGGGUGCAUUUAAUGCUGCAUUGAAGAAUGUUUUCUGGGUGGCGCUUGCCACUCCAGCCCUUGCAUGGAUCACGAGCUGGGCAAUGGAGUGGAAGCAACUGCCUGACACAAGAAAAGAGAAGGUGAAUCAAGUGCCAGCCGAGGAAACCGAUGAGGGCGAGGUCGGGGCAAAACUAGCUUGA